AUGUGGAAUGCGGGUCAAACGGAACUUCGAGCCCAAACUGCGCCUCACCUCCAAGGCAAACGGCGGCUUGCACCGUACGUACCGACCGCACGACCACGCUACGCUCAGCCGCGCGCGUCGGGCUCCGGAAGCUUUAAAAAGGCGGCCAACGAGACACUUUUUGAGGCGGCGGUCGCUUCCACUAAGAGUACGCAACGUCGUCAUUUUAAAAUGGCGCCAAAGAUUAACCUCGACCAGUGGCUCGCCUGCUUCGUGUGCCACAUUGGCGUCAGCUGCCUAGCCAAAAACGUGGUGAAGCGGGAGCUCCUCAUGCGUGCCACCAUGAAGAGAAGUCGACAUCACAGUAGCAGUGACGACUCUGACAAUGGCAGUAAUUCCACCUGCUGGUCCCAGCAUUCAUCUCAGGCCAGGAGAGGAACCAGACAGAAACCUUCUGAGGUCUUCCGAACGGACCUGAUCACCGCCAUGAAGGUUCAUGACUCGCAGCAGCUCAACCCGGAGGACUACUACGUCCUUGCCGACCCGUGGCGGCAGGAGUGGGAGAAGGGCGUCCAGGUGCCGGUCAGCCCGCGGUCUGUCCCGCGGCCUGCGGCUCGCCGGCUGGCCGACAAAUGCGAGGAAGCGACGACCUUCAUUCGGCCCAAGAAGCUGAUAUGCACGUCGGCCGCGCAGGUCCCAGGCUACGUUGACAUCCGCACCCUGGCUGAGGGCGCCUGCCGGUAUGACCUCAACGAACAGGACGUGGCCUGGCUGACAGUGGUCAAUGAGGAAUUCCUCAAGUUGGCCCUCCCACCGUUGGACGAGGCGAGCGCGGAGCGCGCCCUGGAGGAGUUCGAGCGGCGCUGCUACGACAACAUGACGCACGCCACGGAGACGGAGGAGGGCCUGGGCAUCGAGUACGACGAGGACGUGGUCUGCGACGUCUGCCAGUCGCCCGAUGGAGAGGACAACAACGAGAUGGUCUUUUGUGACAAGUGCAACAUCUGCGUCCAUCAGGCGUGCUACGGCAUCCAGAAGGUCCCGAAGGGCAGCUGGCUGUGUCGGAUCUGCGCGCUGGGAAUCUUGCCCAAGUGCCAGUUGUGCCCCAAGAAGGGCGGCGCCAUGAAGCCCACCCGCAGCGGAACCAAGUGGGUCCAUGUCAGCUGCGCAUUGUGGAUCCCGGAGGUGAGCAUCGGGAACCCGGAGAAGAUGGAGCCCAUCACCAACGUGUCGCACAUUCCCAGCAACAGGUGGGCGCUCAACUGCUGCCUGUGUAAAGACAAGACGGGAGCCUGCAUCCAGUGCUCGGCCAAAAACUGCCGUGUGGCCUUCCACGUGACGUGCGGCCUCCACGCCGGCCUGGAGAUGACCACCAUCCUCACCCAGGACGACCAAGUCAAGUUCAAGUCCUAUUGCCCCAAGCACUCUGGGCCGGAGGCCGACCGCUCCGGGGAGCGAGACGAAGAGGAGGAGGAGCAGGGCGUGGACGGGAGGGGCGAACGGCGGGUGAAUAGCAAAGGGGAUCCGGGCCCGGCCUCGUCCUCUCGCCUGCUCUGGCCUCGCGACCCGCAGGAAAUGCGCGUCAACGUCCGCAAGAUGAAGUUGCGAGAGAUGGAGGAGGUCUUUUACGAGUUCGUGGACGCCAGAGAGGUGGGGCGCCACUUGAAGAUGGCGCCCGAGACAGUGGACUUUGUAUACCAGUACUGGAAGCUGAAGCGCAAAGCCAACUUCGACCAGCCGCUGCUGACGCCCAAGAAGGACGAGGAGGACGGCCUGGCCCGACGGGAGCAUGAGGUGCUGCUCCGACGCCUGCAGCUCUUCACUCACCUCCGUCAAGACCUGGAGAGGGUGCGCAACCUGACCUACAUGGUGACCCGACGUGAGAAGAUGAAGCGUUCCUUAUGGCGGAUUCAGGAGCAGAUCUUCCAGCAUCAACUUCAGCUCGUAGACCGGGAGACGCUCGGCGGGAAGCCGUCUGAAACGGACCCGCGGCAUCUCUUCUCGUCGGACCGGCCGAACUCUCGGGCGUCCCGGUCCCCGUGGGGCCACAAGACCAAACGGCGCUCCAAGCAAGACCGGGGGAAGGCGCGCGAAAGGAAAGCCGUCUCGGAGAAGGACCCCGGAAGCCCCGCGGUCCGAGAGUCGGACCCCCGGACUGCGAACCACCUCGAAGACUCUGCGCUCGGACGGCCGGACUCCAUGAAACGUGAGGCUGCGCCCCGGGAAAGCCGCGGCCCCAAAUGGCACAAGAAAAGCGUGCGGGGAGAGGCCCCGGGGCCCGAACGGAGGCGAGAAAAACGAGCGGAGCGCAAAAAACGGCGGCGGCCCGAGGUUUUCCCCGAGGGCUCCGAACAACUUGAUAGGACCGUCUCGGUCCGGCUGGUGGACAUCAGGUCGUCGGAGGGCGGAGAAAGGAGCUCGGGGAAGUUGCCGCUGGCAACCAAAGGUUGGGGCGAGUUCCGAAUCCCCAAGCGGCGCGACGGCUCGGAGCUUCGGCCGCUCACCAACACGCCGCCGGGGCCCCAGCGCCGCCCCAGGACCGGGCUGCGCACGGGGGCCGAGAACGAGGGCCUGAAAAGGUGCCGCUCGCGCCGGCCGAGGGGCGACGCCUCCCUCGCCCGCCGCUACGGCGCCGACGUUAUCCGCCGCGGCGUCCUGGCGUCGUGA